AUGGGUGUGGUUCAGGACUUGGUGGUACAUUUCAAGUCUCUUGUAGACUCCCCCCUCUUGUUAUGUGGCAUUGCCACGACUCUUUGCAUAGUAUACUUCCUGGCUCUUGGACUGUAUCGCAUCACUCUCCAUCCGCUCGCCAAAUUCCCGGGGCCCAAACUCGCUGCCUUCACCCAAUGGUAUGAGACCUAUUUCGAAGUGUUCAAGUCCCCGGGCGGACAGUUUCUCUUCCACUACCGGAAGCUUCACGAGCAGUAUGGACCCAUUGUACGAAUCAGCCCGAAUGAAAUCCACAUACAGGAUUCCUCUUUCUUUGAGGAUCUCUACUCCCAAUCUUUGCCGUGGGACAAGCUUGAGCACUGGCAGCAUCGGUUCGGUAACGAUACCGGGCUCUUCCCGACGCCCAAGCACCAUGUGCAUCACGGCCGACGGGUUGCUCUAAAUUCGUUCUUCUCGAAACGCACCAUUACCGAGGCCACGCCGAUGAUGCAGGAGCAGCUGGACAAACUUUGCGGUCGACUCCGCCGGGAGUAUCAGGGCACAGGAAAGGUUCUGCGGUUUGACUGGAUGUGGGGAUGCAUUGCGUCCGACAUCAUCGUGCAAUACUGCUUCAAUCGGGGGUACCGGUUCAUCGAAGCCCCCGACUUCCGCUCUCAGUUCAUCCAGGCCAUGGUUGAUCUGCUGGAUGUGGUCCACGUGGUUGCGCAUUUUCCCUGGGUGUCCACCUUUAUGAAUGCGCUUCCGGAAAAGGUGGUCGAGGUGUUCCAACCGGGCAUGAAGUCGGUGAACCAUUACAACCAUGAAAUGUCCAGUCAGAUCGCGGAGAUUCUUGCCAUCAAAGCCCAGGGCAAAACGCGGGAAGCCGAUCGGAACACGGUGUUUGCCGCGUUGCUGGACUCGGACCUGCCGCCGGAAGACAAGAGCCUGCGGCGACUGCAUCAUGAGGCUUUCACUGUCAUUGGGGCUGGAUUCGACACCACCCGAUUCGCGAUGACUGUCGCCAGCUACCACAUUCUCAGCACUCCUUCGAUCUAUCACCGCCUUCGCGAGGAGUUGAAGGCUGCGAUUCCCGAUCCCACGAACAUGCCGCCUCUGCAGGAGCUGGAGAAGCUCCCGUAUCUGACGGGGUGUAUCCAGGAGGGCAUUCGUUUGUCAUAUGGUGUUGUACAACGCGGUCCACGUAUCUCGGACAAAUUCACGCUCAACUACAAGUCGUGGGUGAUUCCCAAGAACACCGCCAUCAGCAUGGACAUCUACUCCGUGCACCACGACGAGGCGAUCUUCCCCGACUCCUUCACCUACAAGCCUGAGCGGUGGCUCGGGGACCCCGUGGCGCCCGACGGCCGCAAACUCUCACGCUACAUGGUGGCCUUUGGUCGCGGCACUCGGUCGUGCCUGGGCAUCAAUCUCGCGUACGCGGAGAUGUAUAUUGCGCUGGCGAACAUCUACCGCCGGUUCGACUUUGAGCUGUAUGAGACGGGGCGUGAGUCGGUGGAGCUCUACCGCGACAUGUUCCUGCCGCACGUGCGCCCUGACACGCAGGGGGUGCGGGUGAAGGUGUUUUAGCCCGAGGUACAUGAUCUGGG